ACAGGUCAAUUGCGGCUGAUGGGUAUUGGUGGAUUAUCCCCUUCUCGGUUAAAAUAUCAAUAUGUGCAUCUAUCUCGGGUCAUUAUGGCGUCGGACUGUGUAAAGGGGCUUCUGAUAUUAGCCUAAAGGCCUUUGGGACAACUCCUGCGGGGUACGGAGUAGUGCCCCUCGUUUAUAUUUGAUCUCCCCGUCCUGUUCAGUUGCGCCCAUCAACUCACGCAAUUAGCUACUGUCUCCGAAAGGGUACGAGGUGUCUUCAAUAGGUACGAUUAAGACAAUUGAUACACCGAAAAUGGCCGAUAAAUCAUCAGUUAAAUUCACAUCCUUGGGCGCAAUCAUCCAAGAGCUCAACGUGGAUGGCCAGAACAUCGUCCUGGGAUUCACUAAGAAGGAACUCUACGAGAAAUACAACACCCCUUGGUUUGGCGCGACCAUUGGUCGCGUAGCUAACAGAAUCAAACAUGCAAAAAUCCAAAAUCUCAACAACCAAGAAUAUGAACUUGAGAAGAACGAUGAUCCUAACGCGCUGCAUGGAGGUAGCCGUGGAUGGGGUAGGCAGGACUUUGAGGGCCCUACGUUACUGCAUCGAAGCGGGAAAGACACCUUACUUUAUACCUAUACGAGCCCCCAUCUUGACGGAGGAUACCCUGGCACGGUAGAGAUCAAAGUCUUCUAUACGGCAAGCAAAGAGGACAACCGUUCAGUGCUUUCGAUCGAGUAUGAGGUUGAAAUGGUGGGUGAUGAGUGCAACGAGACGAUCGUCAACGUGACCAACCAUAGUUAUUUCAACCUCACGGGCGGCGAGACCAUUGACGGCACCUCAGCUAAGCUCCUUUCUCAGCACUAUCUGCCGCUCGACAAUACCGGCAUCCCGUUUGGAAGGAUCGACGUACAUCCUAGUAAAGUCACUGAGCCAUUCACAAUCGGGCCGAACAAAGAAGCUUUUGACGAUGUCUUUGUUAUGGAUCGAGAUGUCGCUGGGAUCCCGUUGGAUACGCGUGAGAGACCGCUCCAGCUACUCGCAGAGUUCCACCACCCAGAGUCGCGUAUCAAUCUACAGGUACACAGCACUGAGCCUGCGUUUCAGUUUUAUACAGGCCAAGGAACCAAUGUAGCUGCGGUUGACGGCAACCCAAGUCGAGGCCCGUUUUCCGGCUUCUGCAUCGAGCCCAGCCGGUUUGUCAACGCGAUCAACGAACCGGAUUGGCGACACAUGGUUGUUUUGAAGAAGGGUGAUAAGUAUGGAAGCAAGAUCGUGUAUAAGACCUGGAAAGACCCGCAAUGAAUUGCCGGUUCUAGAAUAUUGUCAUGCCACCGAUGUGGAACCGAUUUUUUUUUUCCUCUCUUUCUUUUACCUCUUCGGCGUUUGCAAAAUCAUCCGAUUGUCACAUGAUGUGCCGAUUACCCUUAUCACUCUUAAAUGUAUACGAUGCAUUUAUCAUCAAGUUCCAGCAGUCGUACGCUCCACAGUAAAUAGAUUUAUGAGUCGUCAGUGGACGAGGUCUCGGCCUUGAAUCAAGAAAACACUCCACCAAGGGGGAUUGAAUAAAAACAAAAAUUUCCCACCCUCUUUUCUAAUUCCAUUUCCCUUGUAAAUUUGUCAGCGCUGCAGCGUGUCACUCCUCGCCAUGUGCAUUUGCGUGGGUGCGGUUUAUUUUGGAUCAUAAUGGUUUCGUUCUGUUCUGCAGGAGGGAAUAUCGCUCAUUCUUCCAAUUUCUCGACUGCCAAGAGUUUCUGGAAUUGAGCUAUUGCUUCUAGCGCCCCUAGAGCUAUGGUGCGCUUGAGAAAUAAUACCUCAAUCAACAUGAAACCCAUCAGUAUUGUCAAGCACAGUAAGUACGGCGUACUGUGUACAGUGUACUGUACACAGUACCAGCCGCGGAUCUGGGAGAUGCCGUUUUUGGCCGUGUAACGAUACGUUACCACU